AUGGUGGAGUUGGUGUGUAGCCUCUUUAGGAGAAAGAAAGGAGCGGGUGUGGUUGUGGUUGUUGAAUUGGGGCUUUCGCUUCUCUCCAGUGGCUUGCUAGUGUUAAUAACCGGUUUCCAAUUGGAUUGUGGGGUAGUGACUUCUUCUAAUGUUGAAUUAUACGAUACGGUGGACUCUCGGUAUGAAUAUGAGUUGCCCAGGGAGAAUGUUAACGACCCCGAUAUGUCUUCUAGAGGUCUUGCAAACGAAGGAAUUGCUUGUGAGGAGAUUACAAUGAUUAGGUUUAAAGAGAGGACUGAGGAUUCAAAAGGUGACUCCUUCAUUCCAACUGCGGCUACAGAGACAUUAGGAACCUUGAAGGCAACCCUUCAGCUAUGA